GUUGGCAUGCUGUCUGCUGUGCCACACUUAGUAAUGACAAUUAUUGUGCCCAUCGGAGGGCAAAUUGCAGAUUUUCUAAGAAGCAAGCAAAUUCUUUCAACUACCACAGUAAGAAAGAUCAUGAAUUGUGGUGGUUUUGGCAUGGAAGCCACACUGCUUCUGGUUGUUGGCUAUUCUCAUACUAGAGGUGUAGCUAUCUCAUUCUUGGUACUUGCAGUGGGAUUCAGCGGAUUUGCUAUAUCUGGUUUCAAUGUUAAUCACUUGGAUAUUGCUCCAAGAUAUGCCAGUAUUUUAAUGGGCAUUUCGAAUGGUGUCGGCACAUUGUCAGGAAUGGUUUGCCCUAUCAUUGUUGGUGCAAUGACAAAGAAUAAG